AUGACUAGUCCAAAUCAUGCUGUCAACGUCUCCGGAGAUCCUCACUCUCAAGACAACAACAUCAAGGCCCCGUCCUUUGAAAUCAGUUCUCCUAAAGAUGAGCCGACUGACUUGGUGGAACCUGAAGACACCAGCAGAAACAUCGGCAUCUGGGAGGCUCUCACCGGUCGAAACAAGCCUGCUGAUCUCGACGCCAUUGCCACUGAGCGGAGUGUCUUUGACGAUCCUCACCUGGCACAAUUCUAUCAGCCGCCGCCAGAUUAUGAGAAUGUUCAUCGAUUUGACCCCAGCGAAAGAUGGACUUAUCGCGAGGAGUACGCCGUCCGACGCAAGACAGAUUUGAAGAUCUUUGUCUGGAUCCUCGUUAUGUUCUUUGGCCUCAAUAUCGACCGGGGUAAUCUUGGUAAUGCAGCAGCUGAUAAUCUACUCGAUGAUCUGAAGCUCAAUACCAACGAUUUCAACAACGCGCAGAACAUGUAUCGCAUCGGUUUCCUUAUCGCCGAAAUACCAUCACAGAUGAUUGGCAAACGCCUUGGUCCCGAUCGCUGGAUCCCUGUUCAGAUCAUCCUCUGGAGUCUUGCAUCGGGUGGACAAUUCUUCAUGCACAACCGUGCAGGGUUUUUUGCUUGUCGAUUCUUUAUUGGGUUUUUUAUGGGCGGCUUUAUCCCCGAUUCCAUUCUUUACCUCUCAUAUUUCUACAAGAAGACCGAGAUGCCCAUCCGUCUCGCCCUUUUCUGGUUCGUUGACUCCAUGUCUGGCGUCGUCGCUUCUUUCAUGGCGUACGGUAUCCUACACAUGCGUGGCGUCGCUGGUAGAGAAGGUUGGCGUUGGUUGUUCCUCUUAGAGGCUUUAAUUAGCCUGGUCGUCGGCGCUCUCAGUUUCCUCUUCCUUGUUCCCGGACCUACGCAGACCAAGACGUGGUGGAAUCCCUCUGGCUACUUCACCGAACGCGAGGAGAAGAUCAUUGUCAAUCGGGUCCUGCGCGAUGAUCCGUCUAAGAGCGGUAUGCAUAACCGAGAACCGAUCACAUUGGGAAUGCUUUGGAAGAGUCUGAAAGACUACGACCUCUGGCCCGUAUAUGCCAUUGGUAUACUGUUCGAGAUUCCCACCGCACCUCCUAAGACAUACCUUACUUUAUCUCUGAAAGCCCUCGGCUUCAGUACAUUCAACACAACACUUUUGGUCAUUCCUGCUACGGUUUUUGCCGCUAUCAAUAUGCUCUGGAUUACUUUUCUUACAGAAAGAUUCCACCAGAUUGCGUUGUUUGGUUUACUCACCCAACUUUGGGUCCUUCCCUUGCUCAUCAUUGAGUAUACCUCAGUGCAAAAUUUGUCGCACUGGGCUCAAUACGCUGUAGCUUUCCUCAUCAUUGGUCAACCCUCCGUCCAUGCAGCCCAAGUCGGAUGGUGCUCUCGACUCUCGAACUCAGUACGCACUCGAGCCAUUAGUGCUGCCCUUUACAACAUCACCAUUCAAUUAUCAGGUAUUGCGUCAUCCAACAUCUACAGAGAAGAUGACAAGCCACUAUACCAUCGUGGAAAUAAGAAUCUGAUUGGUAUUACGGUGGGGACUAUUUUUGUAUAUGCUUUUGCUAAAGGCUAUUACACCUAUCGGAACAAGUCAAAGAGGAGCAAGUGGGAUAAUAUGUCUGGUCACGAGAAAGCAAGUUACCUUAAUACUACUAACGAUCAAGGUAAUAAGCGAUUGGACUUUCUCUUUGAUAGUUAG